UGAGUAUAUGUAUUUCAAUCGGGUUUUAUAUGGGCGGGUUCCGGCUGCCAUUCCUACUUGUAGAUGCUCACAAGUCCGGUUAUAAAAGCGUCAUUGAUUAAAUCAAUACUAAACGGGGUCGUUUGUUGGGUUGACCAGAUUUAUAGGACUGAAAAGAACCGAGCAAGAAAAAAGAAGGAAGAAGAAGAUGAAGGCGUUAGGAUGGUGGCUAAUGCUAGUGGGUUCACUUCGAUUAGCCUCCGUAUGGUUCGGUUUCUUCGACAUUUGGGCUCUUAGGCUCGCUGUCUUCUCCAGUACCACCAUGACUGAAAUUCAUGGGAGGACAUUUGGAGUUUGGACGCUAUUGACGUGCACCCUUUGCUUUCUUUGUGCAUUCAAUCUUGACAACAAGCCCCUUUAUUUGGCUACCUUUUUAUCUUUCAUCUAUGCUUUUGGGCACUUCUUGACUGAAUAUCUAAUUUAUCAAACCAUGGCCAUUGGGAAUUUGACAACCGUCGGUAUCUUUGCAGGUACAUCAAUAAUUUGGAUGCUGAUUCAAUGGAAUGCACAUCAAGAGAGCCAUGCCAAGCAGCCUUGAAAUUUGAAGAACUUGUUGCCGAAUGCCUCAUUUUGCUAUGCUGCUGAUCCCAAGGGAUACUUGUUUGUAGUUUCUAGCUUCUCAUUCAGAGUUUCGCUGUACUAAAUUAACUCUGUAGAUGGUGGUUCAUUUACUGGUUGAAAUGACGACCUUUUUGGAUGAUGUCUAAACUAAUUAGAACAUGAUAUUUUUUAACUUA